CUUAUGUUUACCGAAGAUGAUGUGAAGUUUUAUCUUGCCGAAAUUACGCUAGCACUUGGCCAUUUGCACUCACUGGGGAUUGCUUACAGGGAUCUGAAGCCGGAGAACGUCCUUUUGGAUGCUGCUGGACAUAUAAGCCUAACGGAUUUUGGGCUAUCAAAGGAAUCGAUAGAAAAAGAUGGCAAAACGUAUAGUUUUUGUGGUACUGUGGAAUAUAUGGCACCAGAAGUGGUAAGCCGACGAGGGCAUACAGUAUCUGCUGACUGGUGGAGUCUUGGCGUCUUGAUGGUCAGUGUUUGA